AAGGAUUAAGUUGCUGGUACCAAGAGAGAAAAUGUGUCAUGAUGGUGUGCUGGGUCUUGAAUGAGAGUGUGUCCGUCAUGGUGGUACUCUCAUGGCUGGCAGCCAAUUUCUAUCUGUUUAUUGACACAUUCUGUUGGUAUGAACAAGAGGAGUCUUUCUUUUACACACGAGUUAUUCUAGGGUCGACACUGGCAUGGGCCCGAGCAUCUGCAGUGUGCCUGAAUUUUAACUGUAUGCUAAUUCUGUUACCUGUCAGUCGAAACCUUAUUUCUUUCGUGAAAGGAACAAGCACGUGCUGCAGAGGACCGUGGAGAAGGCAAUUAGACAAAAACCUCAAGUUCCACAAACUGGUCGCCUAUGGUGUACUUAUUCAUGCAACAAUCCACACUGUUGCUCAUUUGUUCAACCUGGAGCGCUACCACCUGAGCCACGUAGAAGGGACUGAGGGACUUCCAGCUGCCCUUUCGAAACUUGGCAGCAUGCCAAACGAGAGCUACCUCAACCCAAUCCGCACCUUCCACGUGACCGUGACCACCGAGUCACUAACAACAAUAGCAGGUGUGACUGGCCUUGUGAUCUCCCUGGCUUUGAUCUUGAUCGUGACCUCGUCUACUGAGUUAAUCCGACAGGCCUCCUAUGAGUUGUUUUGGUACACACACCAUAUUUUCAUCAUCUUCUUCAUUGGUCUGGCUAUCCACGGGACAGGUCAGAUUAUUCGAGGACAAACUCCAGAGAGUCUCUCAGUGCACAAUGUCACCUUCUGUAAAGACCACUAUGCUGAAUGGCAGGAAUCGUCCCUGUGUCCCGUACCUCAAUUUUCUGGCAAGGAGCCUUCGGCCUGGAAGUGGGUUUUGGGCCCUGUGGUCUUGUAUGCACUUGAAAGAAUAAUUAGGCUCUGGCGAUUUCAACAAGAAGUUGUCGUUACCAAGGUGAUAAGUCACCCGUCCUCAGUCCUGGAACUUCGCAUGAAGAAACGCGACUUUCGGAUGGCACCCGGACAGUAUAUCCUUAUCCAGUGUCCAUCCAUAUCCCCGCUCGAGUGGCACCCUUUCACCCUCACCUCGGCCCCUCAGGAGGACUUCUUCAGUGUGCACAUCCGAGCAGCAGGAGACUGGACAAGGGCUUUACUGAAGGCCUUUGGGGCAGAGGGACAGACCCUCAAGGACCCCUGCAGCCUGCCGAGGAUAGCGGUGGAUGGGCCCUUCGGAUCUUCCCUGACAGAUGUGUCUCACUACCCUGUGAGCGUGUGCAUUGCGGCGGGUAUUGGAGUCACUCCCUUCGCCUCUCUGCUGAAGUCCAUGUGGUUCAAGUGCUGUGAGUCUCAGAGCCUCCCAGAGCUGAACAAGGUGUACUUGUACUGGAUCUGCCGGGACGCCAGGGCCUUUGAGUGGUUUGCUGAUCUCCUACUCUCUCUGGAAACGCAGAUGAGUGAGCGAGGGAAAGCUCACUUGUUGAGUUACCAUAUAUUCCUCACUGGCUGGAAUGAAAAUCAGGCUAUUCACAUAGCUUUACACUGGGAUGAAAACACGGAUGUGAUUACAGGCUUAAAGCACAAGACCUUCUUUGGGAGACCCAACUGGAAGGAUGAGUUCAAGCAGAUCGCCUACAAUCACCCCAGCAGCAGCAUAGGCGUGUUCUGCUGCGGACCCAAAGCCCUGUCAAAGACACUUCAAAAGAUGUGCCGUGUGUAUUCGUCAGCAGACCCUAGGGGUGUUCGUUUUUAUUACAACAGGGAAAACUUCUAAGUUCUGAAGGUUAUAUAUCAAGCUCUUGCUUCAAAGGGUCCCAGCAGACGUUCCUGUGGACACCUGUUAAUAACACCAUCUAGCUGAAAGCUACUAUGGUAACUAGCCAUUGAGAACUGUACACUACACCAUGUUUCCUUAUCUUCUAAAUAAUGUGUCAUACACAAUAGAACAGAAGCACUUGCUGAAAUUAAAAUAAAUUUUGUUUUUCAAAUGCUUGUCAUCUUUAUGGACUAGCAUGCUGUCAUAAGAAAAUUAAAUUGUCUGAUAUGGUUUGAUUUUAUAAAUAGGCAGCCACUUAAGCUCUUCCAGAGAUUUCUAAAGUAUGAAUUGAGCAUUUAUUUUAUUUUGUGUUAUUACCAGAUAUUAAUAUCAAUUCUAUAAUUUCUAAGAGGAGAAAAAUAUGCCCUAUGAGGUAAAGUUAGGUAUGUUCAAGGGUAUCUCAAAAAUGAUUUCUAUUUCCUUUUCAUGGAAAUUUCUCAGUACCUGAAAGUGUCACAUUAUAUAUAUCAUUCAGACUCUACUAACUCUAAUGCAU